AUGGCAGAUUUCCUGGUCCUUGGGACCGGCCACAGAAGCCUGAUCAAGCCCGAUAUCUUUGCUUACGAGACCACCUGUAAGGCCAGCGCUUUGGUCCAUGGUCACAGAGCUCAAAAGGACAUGGGUUGGAUCAGGGCUUGGAACCAGACCUGA